CCCUGGAGGUGGUGGUGGUGGAUAAGCCUCGGUGGUCCCGUGACUCACGUGACUUGGGGUGCAUGUGACUUGCUGGCCUAUCACCCCCCACAGCCUGGCACCCCCACAGCCUGGCACCUGCUGUUGUAGGCUGGAAACUGUGUGGAGUAGGUGUGGGAGGCCCUGGAGCACUAUGGAAUACGUCUAGGGUGGGCACGGGCCAAGCCGUGAGCAUGGCCUCGGUGCUCAUCUCUGUACCAUUGGCCCCUGUGGCUGUGAGGGAACUCAUGAAGAAAUAGAUGCCAGAGAGAGAGAGAGAGAUAGAGUGAGAAAGAGAGAGAGAGAAAUGGCAGACACUGACGACCACACACUGCUGGUCCUCAGUGAUUCCCUGGAGGAGGAGGACCAUGGGGUGAAGGCGCGGUACAGGGCGGGGGCAAGAGCCUCCUCACCCAACCAUGUAACUCCACAGGCAAGGACACUGUGGCCGGACAGUCAGCCCGGGAUGGACAGCAGAACAGGGGCAAAGACCCUCAGUGGCCUUGCUGGGGGGUUCAGUAAGCCGGGGAACACUGAGGAGAAAGAGAUGGUAUCCUUCCCUGCGCCUGAGGUCAAAAGCCUUAAAGUGUCCACCUUUGAACGCAGGAACCAUGACGUGGCGGUGUCUUCGGCGGAGGCGCGUGUCCCUGGACUGCACGGAGAGGAUGUGCCGGACUUCAGCGCGCCCUCACCCACUACGGUGGGGGAGGAGGGCGAGGCCAACCACUCAGGAGAUGGGGAAGGCAGUGAUAAAAUUGGCAACAGUAUCUUCUAUGUGGACCACCAGCAGGAGAGUCCCUCCGACGAGAACCGCGGCAACCUCAACAUGCUGUCUGCCGCAUAUGAGAGCCUGGACUACGACACGUGUGUCAACUCUGCCUGGCUGGACGAGGAGCGCAAGAAGGGCUACACGUUUGUGGUGAAGAAGGACGUGGCGCGCUGGCUGGUGGUGCUGGUCACGGCGGUGCUAACGGCACUUAUCGCGUGUGGGAUCGACAUUGCCAUCGAGUCGCUCUCCAAGUACAAAUACACCUGGCUGCAGACUUACACUGACUACGGGGUGCAGCAGGAGGCGCUAAUUAUUCCCUACCUGCUGUUUGUCACGCUGAACGUUGGCCCGACGCUUGUGGCUGCCUUCCUCGGCUCGUAUGUGGAGCCCGUGUCCGCCGGCAGUGGCAUCCCGCAGGUCAAGUGUUACCUGAACGGCGUCAAGGUGCCCCGCGUGGUGAGGAUCAAGACCCUAAUGAGCAAGGCCGUGGGGGUGACCUUCUCUGUGCUGGGAGGCCUGGCCGUAGGAAAGGAAGGCCCCAUGAUCCACUCCGGGGCGGUGAUCGCGGCCGGGGUGUCCCAGGGCAAGACCACCUCCUUCAAGCAUGACUUUGGUUUCUUUGAGUACUUCCGGGAAGACCACGAGAAGAGGGACUUUGUGUCGGCCGGCGCGGCGGCUGGUGUGGCGGCGGCCUUCGGAGCCCCUGUUGGCGGCGUCCUCUUCUCCCUGGAGGAAGGCGCAAGCUUCUGGAACCAAUCGCUGACCUGGAGGGUGUUCUUCGGGGCCAUGAUGUCCGCCUUCACCCUCAACCUGGUGCUGUCCGCCUUCAAUGGAGUCCCAGGCAAACUCAACUACAACGGCCUCCUUAAUUUUGGCAAGUUUGAGGACCUGACUUACGAGAUCUGGGAGUUCGUUCCCUUCCUGCUGAUGGGCGUGAUGGGCGGCCUGCUGGGAGCGCUAUUCAACUUCAUCAACUUGAAACUCACGGCGCUGAGGAUGAGGUACAUCACUCGGCCGUGGCAGAAGAUCGUGGAGGCCUGCCUGGUGGCCAGCACGACGGCCACGGUGGCCUUCCUCAUGAUCUACGGCCUGCACGACUGCCGCAAGAUUGAGGAGAAAAACGAAGACCACUACCCAAUACAGAUGUUUUGUGACGACGGCGAGGAGAGCGCAGUGGCCGCCAUUUGGUUCCAGACCCCAGAGAAGAGUGUUCGCGCCCUCCUCCACGACCCCUCCAAAUCGUUUGAGUGGCUCACCCUCAGCGUCUUCUUUGGGUCGUACUUCUUCCUGGCGUGCUGGACCUACGGGCUUGGCAUUCCCUCCGGCCUCUUCAUCCCCACCCUGCUCUGUGGCGCCGCUUGGGGACGCCUAACUGGCAUGCUCAUGGCCCUGCUCUUUCCGGAUGGGGAGUGGGUUGACGAGGGCAAGUACGCGCUGGUGGGUGCCGGUGCCAUGCUGGGCGGCGUGGUGCGCAUGACCAUCAGCCUGACGGUCAUCCUCAUGGAGUGUGUCGGGAACAUCACCUUUGGCCUGCCCCUCAUGAUCGUGCUGAUGGUCGCCAAAUGGGUCGGGGACUUCUUCAAUGAGGGCCUGUACGACAUCCACAUACAGAUGGCCGGGGUGCCCAUCAUGGCGUGGGAGGCUCCUCCGCUCUCCAACAACAUAUACGCCAGCGAGGUCCUGAACCGCCCCGUCGUCACCCUGCGGAACGUGGAGAAGGUCAGCAGGAUCGUGGCCGUCCUCAAGUCUUCCACGUACAAUGGGUUCCCGGUGGUGGACAGCAUUCCCACCGAGGAGGAGACCAAGAGCUUCAAGUCCUACGGCACGCUGCGAGGCCUCAUCCUGCGCUCACAGCUGACGGUCCUGCUCAAACAUAAGGUGUUUAACGAGAACGCGUCCGUGUGGGAGGACAGCAAGGUGGACAUCCACCUGUUCCGGCAGUCCUACCCGCGCUACUUCACCCUCAAGGAGGUGGACCUGACGCCCGAGGACAUGGAGUGCACCAUUGACCUGCGGCCGUUCUACAACCCCUCGCCCUACUCGGUGGUGUCCUGCACGUCGCUGCCGCGCAUAUUCAACCUGUUCCGCGCGCUGGGCCUGCGGCACCUGCUGGUGGUCAACGACUCCAACGAGGUGGUCGGCAUCGUCACCAGGAAGGACCUCGUCAAGUACAGGGUCUGGAACCACAGGGGCCAGAUGGGCCUCGAGGAGCUGGUCAUAUACGGCUCAGUGGCCUAGCAGGCACACACACACACACACACACACACACAGAUAGUUGUAUAGUUUAUUAGUUUAUUGAUUAAAAAAAAAUAUAUAUAUAUAAAGUACAAUAAGACAAAAGGCAAAUGGAUAAUCUAUAAUUUUGUUGAAACACACACACACACACACACACACACACACACACAUACACACACACACACACACACACACACACACACACACACACACACAGACACUUUUAUAUGUAUGAGAGUAAUAAUUGUUGAUACAUUCUUGAGUUGAGCAUUUUCUGUCUCUCUACUACUUACAUUUUUUAUAUCAACGCCAAUUUUGCGCUGGUCUUAAGAGUUGAAUAUUUUUGUAAUGAUUUUAUCCUGCAUGUUAAUACUCUUAGCUAGAAGACUUUAUUUACUUACAUGUGUAUUGUUAAGGCGUCUAGUCUUGUUUAGCUGGUACCCUUGUGUCUCUGUCCCCUGUGUCUGUGUCUCUGUCCACUGUGUCUGUGUCUCUGUCCCCUGUGUCUGUCUCUCUGUCCACUGUGUCUGUCUCUGUCUGUUUGUUCCUCUGAAAUAUGAUCAGGUCAGUAGUAA